CGCCCACAUUUGGCGAUUAGCAAUUGGAUUGAUUGAUUUACAAUGUCCACUUUCUGCUCCCCAACACAACGCCAGAACUGAGAUUGAGAACUCAUAUAUAUCCAGGUGCCGACAGAUCGAUAGAAGCGAUCGACGAGCCAAACUCCAUCGACGAGGCUAGUACUGGCUAACGUAUAAAGGUGCAAUCUGCGGAAUCUGCCUUGCCGUACCCCAUGCACCCAGCGGCAGCGCGGCCCUGCAUUGGCAAGCACGCUGCUCUUGGUUCACAAUCCGUUUCGCUUGUCAUUCGCGCCCACGGCACACGACAUCACCUCCAUCGGCAAGCUCACAUUCAAGUCUGCCGAGCAUCAGGUCAAGCAUAUCUCUUUUCCUCGCGAGCCAUUCAAGGACCCAUCGCAACAAAGAUACGCAGCAUGUCAUCUACAACUAAUUUUCCGGAUCAACUGCUUGCGCGCAACGCGGACUGGGCUUCAGCCGUCGCCACGAAGGAGCCAGAACUUCUCAAGUCGUCCGCUGCAGGGCAGGCACCAAAGGUCCUUUGGAUAGGCUGUGCGGAUUCACGGGUGCCGGAAAGUGUCGUGUGCGAUGCCAAGCCAGGCGAGGUCUUCGUCACGCGAAACAUUGCCAACCAAUUCAACCCACAAGAUGAUAAUGCCGUCAGCGUCCUGACCUAUGGAGUGCAAGCCCUGGGUGUCGAGCAUGUCGUCGUCGUGGGUCACACCAGCUGCGGCGGAGUGAAUGCUGCCAUCGCUGCUGCAUCCUCUGCUGCGGAUGGCAAAAAGACGGAGAGUCCUUUGUCGCGCUACUUGACUCCCCUGGUGCAGUUGGCUGGCCGGGUCCAGACGGAGUGUAGCAGUCUGUCGGGACCAGAGCUGGCGAACCAGGUGCUCGAGGCGAGCGUCAAACAGCAAGUGGAAAAUGUCGUCCAGACGGACGUGAUACAGAGUAAUUGGAAAGGCGAAGUAUCUCCGUUGAGCAACAAGGUCAUGUCUAAGGUGGCUGUGCAUGGCUGGAUCUACGACGUCGCCUCGGGUAAACUGAAACAUGUCAUCACGAAGAACCCCGUGUAACCGAUGGAGCACAAGGAAGGCGCUUCCAGGCCAGGUGGAUGGAGUUGACCGAAGCACAUCGUCGUGCCGGGUCUAACUGCUAGAUCCGCGCGAGCAUGCGGGUUCCAAGACUCUAACUUCGACUAUCUUCCGCCAUAGGCCUAAUUACAUGCUAUACGUCAGACCCAUAGUCCUAUUUCUUCGGACACUUGUGUAGGGCCCCAGCCCGAGUUGACUGCAGCAUGCAACAUUUGAAUUUAACGCGU